AUGAAUGCUUUUGUUCAGUUUGGUUUUCUGCAUGGAGAUUUUGUCAGUCCAGAUAAAAAUGGUUGAUUUCAUCCUUGUUGAAUGCAUGCCACUGAUGUGCUGGAGGGAGACUUUUUAUUAUGUUUGGUAUGUGUGUGUGCAUGAAGAGAAACAAAUCAUGAUGUCAUAUUUCUCAUAUCAUAACUGCUUCAGAGUGAAUGGAAACAGAAGCUUUCAGUUACUUUGGUGUUUUUUUUUGUUUGUUUUUUGCGAGCAUGAAAUCGUUUCAGAUUGCAUUCACAUCACAUCACUGGUAACGGAAUACUACACCCACAAAAUUACCAUUUAUAAUUUGUCAAUUAGUCAUGCUGUGUUACCUUGAAUUUGUGAGAAAAAAAAAACGUUGCUUUUCUCGCAUUCCUCCAAGGAAAAUAGUAAGCAUAUUGAUUUCCUUAUUGACUGAUUGGGGACCAAUUUUAAUAACAGUAAAACUGUAUCCAAAUAACCAUUUACAUACUGUCACACAACUCAGUGUAUUUUUAUAGAAAAGUUUGUAUGAUAUCAUUCGAAACAUUUUUUUGUGACCCUGCCUCCUUACAAGAGCUUGGGACUGCUACUUUGUUUUCUGCCAUCAGCGCAUUGGUCACGGGAUCAAGCCUUUAUAAAUACGUGGGAUAUGUACAAAUUUGGGUGCAUUAGUUUUUAUAGAAAAACAGACAAAAAUAUUGGGAGAACAGAUUGCAUAAUUUGCACAACUUGUGAUGUAAAAUCCAAGUCUCCUUCACAAACACAUGCAUUUUUUUUUUGCCAAAACAUUACUAUAUAAAACUAACUGAAAGCAAAACUCCUCUAUGAUUUCUUCGAAGUCAGACUCCAAUACUACAUUUUUGUGAAGUACUGAGCAUAUUGUAGAUGAUAUGAUAGAUGAGACUUGGAUUAUACUGCACGAGUUGUGUGAGAGUUUGUAAAUGGUUGUUUUGAUAUAGUUUUGCUGUCGUUAAAUGUGGACCCUAAUCAAUCAAGAAAUAAAUGUGUUUGCCAUCGUCCGUAGAGGCAUACGAGAAAAACAAAGUUUUCCUCAUGAAUUCAAGGUAACACAGCAUGACUAACUGAUUUAGAAAUGGUCAUUUUGUGGGUGAAGUGUUCUUUAAACAGGAUACAGACUAUAGUCAUAAAAACUAGAUCAGCAGGUUUUUUGCUAAUUGCCUCAACACACUACGAGCUGGAGAGGGAAGCACAAAAGAGGGAUGUGAAUGUGAACAGAGAAAGGGAAGUGGAGUGAAGCUUUAACUUUUUACAGCUGGAGCUGGCCCCUUUCUUGUAGCAGUAGUGAAGCCCUUGGGGAAGAACUAGAUGUGGUGAGUGACAAGGCUAUGGGUGGGAGGGAGCAUCAGACUGACUGAAGGAGGAGCCUGAAGAGAAGAGAGCCAGCCAAAGGGAGGGGCACAGAUAGGCUUGGCAGAUGUGUUUUGAGAGAACACAAGACAGGAAAUGCCUGCCGGCUGCACAGACAACUCACAGAUCAACUUUUUCACUUUUCAUUCUCUUUCUUUCACUUUGGUUAAUUUCUCGUGGAGUGUGUCAGAAACCUCCCUGCUGAUGUCAUGGAUAACUUCCAGACUGUCCUGCGUUUCUUUAUGAACCAGAAAGCCACCAUUGGCUACAGUUUCAUGGCUCUCCUGACUAUAGGUGGGGAGCGAGUCUUCUCCAUGGUUUCCUUUCAGUGCCCGUGCAACCAUGACCAGAACUUUGCCUAUGGGCUGACUUUCCUGCUGGGCCCGGCUGCAGUGCUGCUGGUUUUGGGUCUCUUCUUCAGCACCAGGUUGUGGAGGCUCUAUACCGGCUGCUGCCUUGAUUGCAUGAAGCUGUGCCCCCGUGGGAACUGCUUUGGCUGCCUCAGGGUGUUCCUUAGCAUCUUCACUGGAGCUUGUGUGGCUCCUAUAAUGUGGCUCUCUGUGGCCCUGCUCAAUGGAACCUUUUAUGAGUGUGCUGUCAGUGGUCUUGAUGAUAACCUGGUCGUGGAUCUGUUCUGUAAAAACAAAACUUUGAAAUGUAGGGAGGAGCUUGCCCGAGUGCCCUGUGACCGGUCCAAUCUGUCCAGUGAUGAGCGCAUGGAGCUGCUGCUAAUGUUGAGGGCUCAGUCACAGAUCGUGGGCUGGUGUAUUAUUAUCAUCACUGCCAUUGGAGCCCUCCUAGGUACCUGCUUCACAAACUGUCGCUCCAAAGUCAGCUACCUGCAGCUGACAUUUUGGAAACGCUACGUGGAUAAAGAGAAGGAGCGUUUUGAUACUUUUGCUGUGGAAUACGCCACCAAACUGGCCGAGAGAAACCUGCAGAGUUUCUUUGAGAACAAAGACCCUGAUCCAUUCCCUUUCCCCAACCACAAGGCAUGGGAGGAGAUCUCUGCAUACUACACCUUUUCCAGGAGUGAGGAGUAUUACAGCACCCUGCAGCGCUACGUGGAGAAGGCAAACAGGGACUUCACACCAGAGAAGAGACCUGUAUUGAGCUUUGAGCAUGGAAUAGAAAUGCAUUAAGAAAGACCAGGGAUCGCUUGCACAAAACAACUUAAUUUUUCUCCUGAAGUGUGACACUUAAGGCUUAAUUUCUCCUUAGCUGAGGGACUUACACAGUUGCAUCGAAUUCCUUGAAAUGUUUUCUCAGUUAAGGAAACGUUAACUCAUUUACUGCAUUGAACGAGAUUUUACAGCAGUAAAAGUCUCCAUGGAGAUUGUUUGUUUGCUUGGAUGCCUGUUUCACUCAUGAUGCAUGUUAUUGUCUCACAAAGUUGGCUUAUAGUAAGAUAGUGAAAAAAUGGCAGAAGAAAAGAAGAGAAGAAAACCAUACUGGUCAGAGGAGGAACAGAUUGUAGUUCCGGAGAAAUACAAACCUAGAAAACACAUACUACAAAGUAAAUUUGAUCCCCAAAUACCAGAAAACAGAAAACAAUUGUAGGAUGAAAUUGCAGUGACAAUUAACUCUAUAGUUUAAAAUCAAUAUGGUUCAUCACCAUAAACUUAGUAAGUAGCAGUUAAGAUAGAGUCAGAGGUACCUUAAGUUUUUUGUUUCUUUGGGGUUUUUUUUUUCCAGGGGUCAAGGGAUUCCUUAAGUAUAAGACCAAGACAAGGGGAAACCAUAAACACUUGAGUGAACAUUUUAAGGAAACCUUAAUGAGAAGACUUAAGGGUGUUUUGUGCAACCAAUUUAAUUUCAGGAAACCUUAACUAGGAAAGGAAUAUCUUGACUUAAGGUGUUUUGUACAACUGCCUCCAUACUGUGGUGAGACUAUUAGAUACUCAUCACUCUUGGUAUGUAACUCUUAGUCUAUAGUAUAUGCAAGCAUGACUUGGGAGAAGCUGUCCUAGGCUGCCUCUUCACUGACAAAGCUGCCCUUUCACUUUGUUUUACUCCGAAGAAUGUGACUAUUUGCAAGCUGCAAUGGUACAACCUGUAAGCACGUGAAAUAAUUCAGGGCAUAACCACUACUUUUUUUACACACUACUUCUCACUGCCUCUGUAACACUGUAUGCAUUUAAGCCCCCCUAGUACUAACAAAUUUUGACUCACUUUGGAUUUGCAAAGUAACUUGUUGGUUCAUGUUGUGUUUGUAAACAGGCUUAAAGUGAAAGUCAACCCCAGAUUCACUCUCAUUUUGGAAUGACCUUUGUCCACUUGCCAUUUUGCCUCACUAUAUUUGCUUUUUUUCCAGCGUUGUGUCCAUGAUUUUCAUAGCUUUCUUGUGGAUGCAUGCUCCUUACAGUCUCGUAUCUGGUCACUACCUUUUUAUAAAGCCUACACCAUCCCUGCUUUUGUGCCCAGGAACAGGGGUGCAGCACCAGAUUCCUCUCUUGAUUCAUGUCUCUCUCAUGCACCUUUUGAAUUUAUAUAUAUAUAUAUAUAUAUAUAUAUAUACAUAUAUAUUUUUUUUUUUUUUUUUUUUUUGACAAAAUCAGGUUUCUUUCUUAAUUUAUUUUAUUUUAUUUUAUUUUUUGGAACUCCGAUUUCCCUUUCUUGGGAAAAGACAUGACAGUGUAUUUUAGUGCCCCAGCAGCAUAAACUCGUUUGGCUCUAGCUGGGUUCCAGUUGUAGUACAUGGGCUAAAGACUAAACAGUUUUGUGCCUUUAGGGGUGAGAGGGGCCUCAGAGAGACCCAAAACUCAGUUUUAACCAAUUCAUUCGGCCAGUUUGAAUUUAGUUAUGUGAUAGUCACCAGUGAUAAGGAAAUACAGCAAGUGCUGGACGGAGCAGUGAGUGACAACAACCCCACCCACAUUUAAGAGUACUGUUUGCGGUGGAAACACUAAACUAACCGAGGGUCUAGGUACCAUGUCUGAAUAGUUACCUUCGAUUCCAAAGGUACUAAACUGAAAAUGUCCACACACUGAGAGUGUAUUGAUUGAGAGGGAUCCUGUAUAGUUUAACUUUAACUACUUUACAGUCAUUUCAUGCAGUCAGGCCCGUAGCUAUGACUGAAUACACUAAGGUCAUAAUCCUUGCUAUUAUUUCUGAGAAUUUGGGGGUUCUAGCAGCCAUUAGGACAGUGGUGGUUCUACCCCAUUACAACAGACUGUUGUUUUAUAGGGGACAGAUAAAUCAACUCUGACACUAAAGGCCACUGUACACCAAGUUUGUAUUUUUCAUCCAAAAUUGUUGCACAGUUAAAAAAUAAGUACAAUUUCACAUUGUGUCAGCCACACUGACUCUGAAACAUGUUUUUGGUACAGUUUAGAUUUUCUGUGAUUUUUUGCAUUCGCCAAAAGUCUAGAGAGUUGUUUGACCAAGAAGCAGUGAGGAAAAUGUGGCAGUGGUACACAACAAGACAGAGGAACGGGGCGUAUGGUAUCAUUCAGAGAUGGGGACUCGAGUCACUGUGACUUGGACUCGAGUCGACUCGAGUCGCUGUUUUGAAGACUUGUGACUUGACAAAAAAUAAAAGACUUGAGACUUGACUCGGACUUGGAAGUUAAAGACUCGGGACUUGACUUGACUUGAGACACGAUGACUUGAAUGACUGGCGUGUUAUUCACAUCAUGUUUUCGGUUUGAAUAUAAAAUUAAUAAAUUAAUUUAAAAUAAUUUAAAAAAAAUUAAAAAUAAUUUGAUUACCUGGUAGGAGCGCAGGCUGAGAAUGGUGUUGUCAUGAUUGGAUUACUACCCUGUCAAUCAGUCAUGCCCUCUCUACGUACCUUACGUGUUUAUUGGAGAAACACGCCCUCUUAUAUCAGAUAGGCAUCAACAUGUCAGCGGGAGGGGUACCGAGAGUCAACGUCUUCGGCUUUCAGAAUUACCAUUAUUACGGCAAAAGACAAACAGCACAGUGCAAGACAUGCGGCAUAAACAUCU